CUUCCUCGCUGGGACUGGCCACCAGGCCCGGAUCCCCGGCGAGAGGCUCGCCGCCUUCCUUCCUCCGCUGGCUUUGCCUCUCCACCGAGGCAUCCGCCUCCCGGAACCAGAAGAGCCGCGCACCGCGCCGCCCUCCUCUUCCUUUCUCUUCCCAUCCACCCCCACCCGUUCCGGGGUUUUUUGUUUGUUUGUUUUGUUUAAUUUUUAAGCCUUUUAAGCCACCAGAAAGCGCAGCAUUCAACGCCCGUGAGCUGGGUCCUGCGCCUCUAGGACACCCACGAAGCCUGGCUGCUUCCCACCCGUGUGUCUGGGCACCGAGAGCCAGGCUCUCCUCGUUCCUCACCUGAGAGACCCCCGCUGAGUUCCCCCAAAGGCCCAGCCAAGCCGGACUGGCCCUGAUUGAUAAAGAUCUGACCCGCACGCACCCACCCGCCCCAGUGCUGCAGCCCCUGAGUUUGUUUCUCGCUGGGUAACGGGCGGAGAAGGAGAGGUGGGGCGCGACAACGCGGGUCGCUCGGAGGCUGUUUAUUUUCUUUUCCGCUCAAACCCUUCCUCUCCAAAUCUCGCCUGCAAGCUGCCUCCAGCCCACGGGGGUGGACAGCGGCCCUUGAGCCCCCGGCCCCAAUCCACAGGGCUUGGCUUCCCCAUUCAUUAUUGAUCAUAUUUUAUAAAUCCAACGCCACACAAUUUUUUCCACAUUACCGGAGCCGUGGGGAGGCCGCCCAUCUAUUGGUGGAGGGGAAGUCACGUGGGAGGGGGUCACGUGGCCCAAAGAGGAAAAAGGGGGUCCUUUUUGGUGUAAAUCUGGACUCUAAUUCUGUAAUAUAUCAAGGAAUCUCGUAAAACCGACACUAAAACGUCCCUGCCUACAAAUCAUCCGGCCAAAUUAUGAGUUCAUUGUAUUAUGCGAAUGCUUUAUUUUCUAAAUAUCCAGCCGCAAGUUCGGUUUUCGCCACCGGAGCCUUCCCCGAACAAACUUCUUGUGCGUUUGCUUCCAACGCCCCGCGCCCGGGCUAUGGAGCGGGGUCGGGCGCCUCCUUCGCGGCCUCGAUGCAGGGCUUGUACCCCGGCGGGGGGGGCAUGGCGGGCCAGAGCGCGGCCGGCGUCUACGCGGCCGGCUACGGGCUCGAGCCGAGUUCCUUCAACAUGCACUGCGCGCCCUUUGAGCAGAACCUCUCCGGGGUGUGUCCCGGCGACCCCGCCAAGGCGGCGGGCGCCAAGGAGCAGAGGGACUCGGACUUGGCGGCCGAGAGUAACUUCCGGAUCUACCCCUGGAUGCGAAGCUCAGGGACCGACCGCAAGCGAGGCCGCCAGACCUACACGCGGUACCAGACCCUGGAGCUGGAGAAGGAGUUUCACUACAACCGCUACCUGACGCGGCGGCGGCGCAUCGAGAUCGCGCACGCCCUGUGCCUGACCGAGCGCCAGAUCAAGAUCUGGUUCCAGAACCGCCGCAUGAAGUGGAAAAAGGAGAACAAGACCGCAGGCUCCGGCGCCACGGAGCAGGACAAGGCAGAGGCGGAGGAGGACGAGGAAGAGUGAGGGAUGGAGAAAGGGCAGAAGAAGCAAGAGACGAGGAAGGAGAGGAGGAGGAGGAAGCCCAACUCUGGGAGCGGAACCAGGAACUCAAAUCAAAUAGGGGGAAAACCCUAUCUAAGUGGAAAGCAGUUCAUUUUUUUUUUUUUUGUAAGGAGAGCAAGUGAAAUUUUGCUUUCUUAACACUGAAAAAAAUAACUACCUAUAGAAAAGUCUUGCCGGGGUUUUGUUUUGUACAAUAUGGGAGGGACGUCCUCUACCUGUUCUCUAGCUUUCUGGAAUUUGCCUCCCCUUUUCUAUGUCGCUAUUGUCAGGUCUUUGUAAAAUUUUGCUGUUUUGUAAGCCCCCUUCUUUGAUGCUGUCUCUUGUGGUCUGUGGGUCUGGACUGACGUGUGCUGUUCCCUUGCCCUCCUGAGCCCCCCCCCCGCCCCCCGAGUCCCAGUGGCCGAGCUGAAGGGGCCCUCGGGAGCCCGGAAGACCCACUAACUCCAUUGUCCUCUCCACGCACCUGCCCUGCCCGAUGCUCUCGCUCCGCCUGUCCCCUGUUCUCCUCUUUACAUUCUAUGUGUAUCUGAAAAAUGCAGAAAUAAAACACAAUUAAA